CGGGGCGAGGUGGACCGCAGCGGCGCGGAGACGUCGGGAGGCCCCUGAGAAAGGGACGCUCUUCGGCCGCAUCCGCACCUGUGAGAGGGCGGCCCCUCCCUCUCCCCUUGCGGCGGCCUGGUGCCUCGAGAAAGGGGCGGAGCUCCGCCAGCCUCCAGGCUCAGAGCGGGUACGGGCGCGCUCUGCUUUUGCAGCUGCUGCUUUUAGUCGUUCUUCAUUCCUUCAAAAUAUGCAUUGACGUUUCCUGUAGGCCAGUCACCAGCUAAGCAUGGUGACAAAAAGUGAGAAAAAGUACACGCCCCACCAUGCCCUCUUGGAUCUCACAGACUGUUCUGUUAUGAGUUGCUAAAAUCAUGGUGAAAUGUUGCUCGGCCAUUGGAUGUGCUUCCCGCUGUUUGCCAAAUUCCAAGUUAAAAGGACUGACGUUUCACGUAUUCCCCACAGAUGAAAACGUCAAAAGAAAAUGGGUAUUAGCCAUGAAAAGACUUGAUGUGAAUGCUGCAGGCAUCUGGGAGCCUAAAAAAGGAGACGUGUUGUGUUCAAGGCACUUUAAGAAGACAGAUUUUGACAGAAGUGCUCCAAAUAUUAAACUGAAACCUGGAGUCAUACCUUCUAUCUUUGAUCCCUCAUCUCACUUACAGGGGAAAAAAGAAAAACUUCAUUCUAGAAAAAACUUCACCCUCAAAACCCUUCCAGUCACAAACCACAAUCACCAGCUUGUUGGUGCUUCCUCAUGUACUGAAGAAUUCCAAUCUCAGUUCACUUUUGAACAUAGCUACAGUGUAAUGGACAGUCCAAAGAAACUUAAGCAUAAAUUAGAUCAUGUGAUCAGCGAGCUAGAGGAUACCAAGAAAAGUCUGCGGAAUGUUUUAGACCGAGAAAAACGUUUCCAAAAAUCCUUGAGGAAGACAAUCAGGGAAUUAAAAGAUGAAUGUCUCAUCAGCCAAGAAACAGCAAAUAGACUGGAAGCUUUCUGUUGGGAGUGUUGUCAGGAGAGCAUAGAAAGAGACUAUAUUUCAUGAAAUAAUUCCAUGUUAUAUUCUACCUAAAGUUAACAUUGGUACAGGUUUUUAGAAAAUAAUUCUUGUUUACCAUCAUUAAAUAGCCAUCAUUUAGAGUGCUUCUUUGGGUCUUCUGUAGCAUUAUACAUACAGUUGUUAUUCAAAGACUUUGUUUUAAAGAUUUGCAGAAAUUUGUGCUAGUUAUCAUGUUUUUGUGUGAUAUGUGACAAUUACGUUUUUAUAGACCUAAACUAGUGCCAGUUCACUAUUGUAAGAUGUUAAAAGCUUAAAAAGAUUCCACAGGACUUAGGAAAUGAGGUCAAAUUAGUCUCAUUCAACAAUGGUAGUAGGAAUUGGACACUGCUUCGACAGCAUCAGAUUUUUGGCUCAAAGGAGUACCUUUACUUGUAUGUACUUUAUGGUAAGUACAAUGAAUUAUACUUUAAAUGUACUUUACUAUAAAGCAGAAUUCAUUUAUAACACAUGUCCACCUUGGAUCCAAUCCAGGGUGCUUUUGUUAAUAAUAACAAAAGAUUACACGGCAUCCCAUAGUACUGACCCUGAGAAUAGCAUAUGGUACAGAUCUGUUGGCUUUUAAAGUUGUUCAGAGCCAAGUUGAGAAGACCUCUGAUGAGGUCACAGUUUUCAGUACGGUACAUCAUUCCUCCUCCGUCUUCUUGGCUAGGAGCACUUUCAUAUAAACCAGCAGAGGUUUAAAAAGCAAACAAAAAAAAAGGGGGGGGGUCAUAAAUCUGAUUUUUAAAUGGUUGGUUGCUGACAGUUGUUCUGAACAUUUUGUUUCAUUAUGAAGGAAUCCUUUCAAAACCUAAAUGCUAGUACUAGCUGAAUAUUUUUAAAGUUGCUUUGUAUUUUACAGAAAGUAAUGUUGCCGGCAUUUCUAAAAUACAAAAUGUUGGUGAAAUCAUUAAAAAAUUGUGACUCUUCCAGUUGUAAUAGGAAUUGGAGAAAGGGUUAGAAUAUUUUACUGUAAUUAGGAGAGUAGAUUACUGCCCAAAGGCUUUUAUUUAAAGAAAUAGCUAAGUAAAGCAGCAGCUUUAGAAUAGCUUCUUACCGAAUGUACACAACAAUGACUCUUAGCUAUUUUCUGAUCCAGGUGUCAGAAAUUUAGCUUUUCUCCUAAUUUCUUAUUAAAAACAACUGAAAUUUAGAGUCAUAAAUUGUGAAUUAGAAUAAAAAUUACUAGCUCAAAACCAAACUCUACUUUGAAGCACAUGUACAUAUUCAAACCACAUUCAGAUGUGUAUGCUCUAGUAGUUAGAAUUUGAGUGUCAGUUGUUUCCAUGUGUUAACUAGAAAUGAAUCGCAGUUUGUGCUAAAAUUUUCGUGGAAAUUUUAUUUGUGUUAUAUUGUCAGCAAGGAUAUGGUCACUUGAAUUUCCUUUGUAUUCAAGAAUAUUCUAUGUGUUGAUGUAUGUUAUAUUUUUAUGUAGGUUUCCAAACCUUCCUCUGAAUUGGAAUCUUCCCACAUUUGAGAGGUCAGCAUUAUGCUAAGAAGAAACACUGAGGUCAUAUCUUUUUACUUCCUAAAAAAAAAUCUCAUUAGCUACCCGUUAUUUAUUUUAGUUAUUUAAUUUUGAAUAAUGGACAUUCUAAUGGAAAGUUUGGGUACGAUCUUAGAUUUUAUGGAGGUACUAUGAUAGAGAUGGAAACUAUUUCUGAGUAUAAAAAUUAAAGUCAGUGGACAAUAGAGAAAAGUAGGAUAGAUCCAAACACAGUAUGUCUACAUUCAAGCUCUCUACUGGCUGCUUGGAAUAAUUCAAGCCUGGGAGACCUUUCCAAGAGUCCAAUCCCAAUCUGUGCCACAAUCACAGUUGUCACGGUCACCUUUGCUCACCGUGAACUCCGCCCUUGUCGUCUUUGUCAUUGGUCUUAGUAUCACUGAGAGAUAAGUAACUGAGAGCAAAAUCUUGGUAUCAUCAAGCACCCGGAGCUACCCAUUUGCUCUUUAUUCUUACAGAGAAAUGAUUACCAACAGAAAUCUGACAUAAGAAACAGGGUUCUCCCCACCUGCCACCCAGAACAAAUGCCUGGAUGCAGCAAAUACCUCAGUCCCCUCUUCCAGAUAUUCCAGCCUAGCUCAGUGAGAAACUGUCCUGUGCAGAGCAAGCCAGUGACCCCAUCCAGAGGUUUCUCAAGCAGCUGAGACCAGCCUGAGGGUUUCGCUUUGCUUUAAAGCUUGGAGUAGCCUCUGGAUCCUGGAACAAACCAAUACACCAGUUCAACCUCAGCACCAAAUAAGGUACAAAGGACUUAACGUGGCAUUUUUCUCCAUAUCAAGUUUAAAUCUCUGGAAAUAGACUUUGGUUGCUAAAGAUAAUCACAAUUAUACCACAGCCUUUGAGAAAAGAUGAAAUGUAUUAAAAUAUGUAGUUUUAAUAAAAAGGUAAAAUAUUACAGAAAUAAUUGAGUGUAGAAUACAUUAUACAUUUGGAAAAUAAAAUAUUUUCUCCAGUAAUGUGCUGUAUGUGGUUUUUAUACAGUUAUCCAAUAAAAUGAGCAGAGAAAAAUGAAGAGUA